AUGGAGAUCAAGGAGAGAAAAUCGCCAUUUACAGUAUGUAAUGUAGGAGCAUGGAGCAUGACCGUUGUGAGCUCGGUGGGGAUUAUCAUGGCCAACAGGCAGCUCAUGUCCCCUCAAGGCUUUGCCUUCGCCUUUGCUACAACGUUGUCUAGCUUCCACUAUUCUCUGACCGCAUUGGUGUGUUUGGUGUCAAAUGCCGUUGGUUACUCUGCAUCAACGCAUGUAAUUCCUCUGUGGGAGCUUAUUCUGUUCUCAAUUGUAGCCAAUGCCUCAAUCAUUGCGAUGAACUUCAGCCUCAUACUAAACUCUCCCGGAUUUUUUCAGAUAUCUAGGUUAAGCAUGGUGCCUGUUGUAUGUGUGAUGGAAUGGAUUCUUCAUGGAAAACAAUUUUCAAGGAGGGCCAAGAUGGCUGUGGUAAUGGUGGUUGUAGGUGUGAGUAUCUGUACAGUGACUGAUGUGAAAGUUAAUGCUAAAGGUUUCCUCUGUGCUUGUGUGGCUGUCUUGUGUACAUCCUUACACCAAAUUUUAAUAGGGUCUUUACAGAAGAAAUACUCAAUAGGGUCUUUUGAAUUGCUCACUAGGACAACUCCAAUGCAAGCUCUCUCCCUUCUUUUUCUUUGUCCAUUCAUCGAUUUCUAUCUCACCGGCAAACUUCUAUCAAAUUAUAAGUUCUCUUCCGGUGCAUUUAUUUUCUUGCUACUUUCAUGCUCAAUAGCAGUGUUUUGCAAAGUCAGCCUGUACCUCUGCAUCGGGCGGUUCUCAGCAUCCUCAUUCCAGGUUUUAGGCCACAUGAAAACCAUAUGUGUCAUGACAUUGGCGUGGCUACUCUUUGAUUCAAAGCUCAGCCUUAAAAACUUUCUUGGGAUGGCUCUUGCUGCUAUGGGCAUGAUAGCUUACACUUGGGCUGUGGAAGCUGAGAAAGAAGCUACUAAUUCCAAGAGCCACCGUAAAACAAAAGACAAAAUGUCAGGAGAAGUUAUGAAACCAUUGACUUCCAUAUAG